AUGUCGCAGCCACGGCGAAUGACGCUGGCGUCGCUGGACACAAACAAGCGGGCGCCGGCGGCUAAGCCGCAGAAGGGCGCACCGCCGGUGACAGGCUUGCGCGCGCGACCGUCGCUUGUAGUGCGCCCUUCCGCUGCGCCGGCGAGCCAGUCACCACGGCGCCUUGACGCAGGGCCGCGGCUUUCCAAUGCGCGGAUGAGUCUGGCGCCAGGACAUCGGCGCUCGAUGGGCAUGGCUAUGGGACGCAUGUCUCUGGCACCUGGCGGGCUUGCCCUAGCCGCAAGUGCGCCUCCGAUCAAGGAUACGCGGCUGCGUGUGAAGAAUGUGCGUGCGCUUAUGGAGGCGAAUGUGACUUCUUUUAUCGAGCACACGGGCUUCAGUAUGCCUGGAUGGAAUCCGAGACUUGUGCAUGAGCCGACGCAAUCUGCAUUUGCUGCCAUGUUCAAGCAUAUCUACCGCGAAUGCAUCGAUGAUAGCUACCAGAUGGGCGCGGAAGGAAAAAAGUUUGAGGACGAGGUCAUGCUUUUGCUUAAGGAAAUGCGCUAUCCUUUUAUCGACGAACUCACCAAGACGAAGCUGACCGCGGCAGGGAGCCAGCAGAACUGGCCAGCAUGCCUGGCGAUGCUCGACUGGGUGGUCCGCCUCGGGACACAAUGUGCCCAGGUUGGAAGUGGGCCUUUGGAGCGCGAGGACGAGAAUGAGCUGCACGCACUCUUCUUUCCGUUCCUCUGGAAAUGCUACGAGAAGUUUUGGGAUAACCAGGACGAGUACCCAGAAGAGACGGCGGCACUCGAGCGUGCAUUCCUGGACAAGAAUGCCGAGCUCGGCGCCUCGGUUGAGGCACUGCAGGAGGCCAAAGCCAGCGUCGACGAAGAGCUCGCUGCGCUCACCGCCAAGGCGUCGCCGCUCGAGCGGGAGCAGCACGAGAACCAGGUGCUGCGCGGCGAUAUUAUUAAGUUUACCAAGUACCACGACGAGAUCCUCGUCCCGAAGCUCGAAAAGAGCCGGCGCACGAAUCAGCGGCUGCACGCUGCACUUGACGAGCACCGCGCAGAGCUUAAAGAGAAGGAGAAGGAGCGUGCGCGGCGGCAGUCGCUGGUAUGUGCGCAGGAUAUCUCUGGCGACGAGUUUGAUAGGAUGAUUGGCGAGCGCGAAUGGCUCGCCCAGGAGCUCGAGCAGCUCGCACAACAGAACAAGGACGCGGUCGAGCAGUGCUGGAAGGUGGAGCUGCACCUCACUAAGCUGCACGCCGAGGUCGAGAAGCGGCUCAAGACGUUUGCGCCGCUUGCGCAGCGCGUCCACUUGUUUCCGCUGCACCUCUCGGGCAGGACACAGCUCGAUGCGCUCGAGCUUGUGCCGAGCAAUCCAGCGACGAUGCUGCCGCCAGGGCUUGAUAUCCGCCGCGACGUGCGCCCGAAAAUCGAUGCACUGCGCGCACGCGAAACUGCGCGGUUCCGGGCCCUCUCCGAGGAGCGUGCUGCUUGCCAAGAGGCACUUGACCAGCUUUUUGAGGCGCUCGAGCGUUUGCGCAGAGCGUGCCGUGCUGCAGUGACGCGCAUGGACGCACUGCGCGACCAGAUCGACCAGGUAGGCCGGAUCACAAACGAAGAGGAAGAUGCUGCUAGCGCCGAGCAUCUACGUCAAGAAGAGCUUGUGCGUACGAUCGAGCACUCGAGUCAAAUGGCGCUCCAGCAGGCGGACGCACGCCUCGCAGCCGCGCAAUUGCAGCUGCAAGAAGGGCUCGAGUCGUCAGAAGCAGAGCGUGCAGCGAUGCACGACGAGAUGUGCAAUGCACUGCACACGCUACUCGACCUCAAAGUCCGCAUUUCCGAGGGUCUCGAUACCAUUGACGAUGCAGUGCAUGGAGCGCUGCACGCAUAG